AUGCCUCGCCACCGCCACCGUAAGAGGCAUCAGUGCCCCAAGCCUAAACAAAGCCUUCAGGCCCAAACAAAGUCUCUGGGCCUCGUGGCUCCACAGGUUCCUGUAACUGAGGAGGAAGCUGCCCCCUCCUCUCUUUCUUCUUUGAUUCAGGGCACCCCAAAGGUUGUGCCUGUUGCUGGAACACCAGGUGCUCCCCAGAGUUCCCAGAGAGCCUGCUCCUCCUCUGCUGCCAUCAAAGCCACUCCAUUGAUCAAAUCAAAUGAGGGCUCCAGCAGCCAAGGAGAGGGCCCAAGCACUUCACAGGCUCCACCAAAUCCUGAAGUGCUACAAAAUAAGAUGUCGGAAUUGGUGCACUAUCUGAGUAUCAAGUAUGUAACAAAGGAGCCCGUCACAAAGGCAGAAAUGCUGAAGAGUGUCAUCAAAGAACACAAGGAUCACUUCCUUGUAAUCUUCAAGAAAGCCUGUGAGUGCAUGGAGAUUGUCUUUGGCAUUGAAGUGAAGGAAGUAGACCCCGCCAGUCAUGUCUACAUGCUCGUCAAAUUACUAGACCUCACCUACGAUGGGAUGCUGAGUGAUGACCAGGGCAUGCCCAAAACCGGCCUCCUGAUACUUAUCUUGGGCAUAAUCUUCAUGGAGGGAAACCGUGCCCCAGAGGAGAGAAUCUGGAAAGUGCUGAAUAUCAUUGGGGUGAAGGCUGGGAAGAAGGAUUUCAUCUAUGGAGAGCCCAGGAAGCUCAUCACCAAAGAUCUAGUGCAGGAAAAGUACCUGCAGUACCAGCAGGUGCCCAAUAGUGAUCCUCCACGCUAUGAGUUCCUGUGGGGUCCAAGAGCCCAUGCUGAAACCACCAAGAUGAAAGUCCUGAAGUUUUUCACCAGGGUCACUGGGAAUGAUGCCACUGCCUUCCCACGCUGGUAUGAGGAUGCUCUGAAAGAUGAGAGAGAGAGAGCCAAGGCCAGAGCUGCCACCCGUGAUGGUACUACCACUAUGGCCAGUAAAAGUUCCAGUGUCACAUCCAGAAGCUUCUCCUGUACUGAGUGAAGUCUGAGGAAGAUUCUGCACUCCGUGUAGAGGGAAAUCAAGGUUCUAACUAGUGGAGGGCUGAAUUGCAGAUUUUAUAUAUAUAUUUUUCUUUUUGGUAUGUUUCAAAUGUUCUUCCUAAAAGAAUUAUUAGCUUCAGAGUCUAAGUUCACAAAUAACAUUGGUCAUAUAUUUAGUGCUGCUUAACAGGUUUAAGAAUAAGAAUUUUUCUGUUCUGUAAAACAAACUGGGGAACUUUCCAUCUUAUUUUGUGAACUGGAACAGGAUAACAUGGCAUUGCAAUAGGAAUUAGAAAUGUCAAAGUGCUUAGCAAUAAAAUAGAUGAGAUCAAGAAAUAGAGGAAAAAUGUACAAGAUGCUUAUCCU